CGCAACUCCGCAGGUGCAGAGAAAGCGAACGGGUGGUAUUUUUAGGAUGCAGAAAUCACCUGUCGAAGAUGCCAACUUCCUCUCCAGAUAUUUCUUUUGGUGGACAUCACCAAUUUUGAGAAAGGGUUUCAAACAGAAAUUAGAGCUUUCAGAUGUGUAUAAAGUUCCUUCUUUUGAUACGGCAGACCAUCUCUCUGAACGGCUGGAAAGAGAAUGGGACAGAGAGCUCGCUUCCUCCAAGAAAAAACCCAGACUUUUCAUCGCUCUGGGGCGAUGCUUCUUCUGGCCUUUCGCGUUUUACGGACUCCUGCUGUACUUUGGGGAGGCUUCAAAGACAGUGCAGCCCCAGCUGCUGGGCCGCAUCAUCGCCUCGUUCGACCCCUUCCACGCGCCAGAGCGGCAGCAGGGCUAUUACCUGGCGCUGGGGCUCUGUCUCCUCUUCACAGCCCGCUUCCUGCUGCUGCAGCCGGCCAUCUUCGGCCUGCACCACCUGGGAAUGCAAAUCAGGAUAGCGCUCUUCAGCCUCAUCUAUAAGAAGACUUUAAAGCUCUCCAGCCGAGUCCUGGACAAGAUCAGCACGGGUCAGCUGGUCAGUCUGAUGUCCGCACACUUGAACAAGCUGGACGAGAGCCUGGGUCUGGCCCACUUCGUGUGGAUCACGCCCCUGCAGUGCAUUCUGUGCGUGGGGCUGAUCUGGGAGCUGAUCGAGGCCUCGGCCUUCUGCACCCUGGCCGCGCUCACCCUGCUGGCCAUCGUGCAGGCCUGCCUGUCUCAGAAGAUGGGACCCUACAGGACGAAGAGGGCAAAGAUGAUCAGUCAGAGACUGGCUCUCACCUCUGAGAUUGUAGAAAACAUUCACUCAGUAAAAGCCUACGGCUGGGAGGAGAUCAUGGAGACCAUCAUCAAAAACAUAAGACAGGACGAGAUGACGCUGACCAGGAAGAUCGGCUCGCUGCGGUACUUCUACAGCGCGGCCUACUUCUACUCGGCCUUCCUGGUGAUCGUGGCGGCCAUCGUGCCCUUCGCCCUCAGCAAGGGCAUCAUCCUUCGGCGCAUCUUCACCACGCUGUCCUACUGCAUGGUGCUGCGCAUGACCCUCACGCGCCAGUUCCCCAACUCCAUCCAGAUGUGGUACGACACCGUGGCGCUCAUCAACAAGAUCGAGGAAUAUCUCACCAAAGAGGAGUACAAAGUGUUGGAGCUGAACCCCAACACCACAGAGGUGGAGCUGGUGAACGUGACUGCUUCCUGGGAUGAGGGAAUAGGGAAACUGUUUGAGAAGAUCACGCAGGAGAACAAAGAGAGAGCACACCCUAACGGAGACGCAGGCCUCUUCUUCACCAACCUGUACGUCACGCCCGUGCUGAAGAACAUCAGCCUGCACCUGGAGAAGGGGAAGAUGCUGGCCGUGGCCGGCUCCACCGGGUCAGGCAAGAGUUCCCUCCUGAUGAUGAUCCUGGGAGAGCUGGUUCCCUCCGAGGGGAAGGUCAAGCACAGCGGCCGGGUCUCCUUCUCCCCCCAGACCUCCUGGAUCGUGCCGGGCACCAUCCGGGAUAACAUUGUCUUCGGCCUGACGUAUGAUGAGUACCGCUACACCAGCGUCAUCAAGGCCUGCCAGCUUGAAGAGGACCUCGCACUGCUGCCAGACAAAGACAAAACCCCCCUGAUGGAGGGAGGGGUGACCCUCAGCGGGGGACAGAGGGCACGCAUUGGUCUGGCCAGGGCUGUGUACAAAGAUGCCGAUCUUUACCUCUUGGACUCCCCUUUCACCCACCUGGACAUUGUAACGGAGAAAGAAAUAUUUGAAAGGUGCCUGUGCAGGCUGAUGGCGUCUAAGACCCGCGUGGUCGUCACCAGCAAGCUGGAGCACCUCAAACGGGCCGACAAGAUCCUGCUGCUGCACAACGGCGUGUCCUACUUCUACGGCACCUUCACGGAGCUGCAGGCGCAGCGGCCCGACUUCACCUCGCUGCUGCUGGGCCUGGAGGCCUACGACAGCAUCAACGCCGAGCGCCGCGGCUCCGUGCUGACCGAGACCCUGCGCCGCGUCUCCGUGGACGAGACGGCGGGCCACCCCCCCGAGCCCCACCGGCCGUCCUUCGCCCCCGCGCCGCCGGGCGACGGCCACGACAAGCGGAAGCCCUCCCUCAUCCUCACCCCGCUGGCGGCCGCACGCAAGCUCUCCCACGCCCAGCACCCCGAGGACGAGGAGGACGAGGAGACGGCCGAGCGCCGGUUCUCGGUGGUGCCCGAGGACGAGCAGGUGGAGGAGGUGCUGCCGCGCAGCAACGUCUACCACCACGGGCUCAAUUUCUCCGGCCAGCGGCGGCAGUCGGUGCUGGCCUUCAUCACCAACGCCCAGGGCCAGGGCCGCCGCGACCAGCUGCAGUCCUCCUUCCGCCGCAGGCUGUCCGUCACGCCCCAGAACGAGCUGGCCUCCGAGCUCGACAUCUACGCCCGCCGCCUCUCCAACGACAGCGUCUACGACAUCAGCGAGGAGGUGGACGAGGAGGACAUGGAGGAGUGUUUUGCAGAUGAACGUGAGAAUGUAUUUGAAACUACCUCAUGGAGCACGUACUUCAGAUACGCCACAACAAACAGAAACCUUGUUUUCACGCUCAUCUUUAUCGCCUUGGUAUUCGUGAUUGAGGUGGCUGGGUCAGUGAUUGGAAUAUUUUUGGUUACUGAUAAGAUCUGGAGGGAGGAGGACGAAACGACGCACCCUAACAUGUCCUCCCAGGGCACGCACUACGCCGUGAUCGUCACGCCCACCAGCGCCUACUACAUCAUCUACAUCUACGUGGCCACGUCGGAGAGCGUGCUGGCCCUGGGCUUCUUCCGGGGCCUCCCGCUCAUCCACACCCUUCUCACCGUCUCCAAGAAGCUGCACGAGAAGAUGCUGAGCGCCGUUCUGCGGGCGCCCAUGGCCGUGCUCAACACCAUGAAGUCAGGUCGAAUUAUGAACAGAUUCACGAAAGACAUGGCCACCAUUGAUGAUAUGCUGCCGCUAAUACUGUUUGACUUCAUUCAGCUAACCCUGAUUGUGCUGGGGGCCAUCUUCGUGGUGUCCAUCAUGCGGCCGUACAUCUUCAUCGCCGCCAUCCCCCUCACCGUCAUCUUCGUGUUGCUGAGGAAGUACUUCCUCCGCACAGCUCAGCAGCUGAAGCAGCUGGAGGCUGAAGCUCGCAGUCCCAUCUUCUCCCACCUCAUCAUCUCUCUGCGGGGUCUGUGGACCAUCCGAGCCUUCGGCAGGCAGGCGUACUUCGAGACGCUGUUCCACAAGGCCCUCAACACGCACACAGCCAUCUGGUACCUGUACCUCUCCACACUGCGCUGGUUCCUCUUCCGCGCCGACAUCCUCUUCGUCCUCUUCUUCACCGCCGCCGCCUUCAUUGCCGUGGGAACCAACCAGGACAAGCCGGGCGAGAUUGGCAUCAUCAUCGUGCUGGCCAUGCUGAUCCUGGGGACCUUCCAGUGGGCCGUCAUCACCAGCAUCACAGUGGACGGCCUGAUGCGCUCCGUGGACCGGGUCUUCAAAUUCAUCGACCUGCCGUCCGAGGACCCCAAGAGCUCGUCCCGGGGCAAGGACGUGGACCUGGUCAUCGAGAACCCGCACGUCAAGGACAACUGGCCCUCCAGGGGUCAGAUGGAGGUCAGCAACCUCAGUGUGAAGUACACCGAGGCGGGGAGGUCUGUCCUGCAGAAGCUGAGCUUCAGCGUGGAGGGAGGCCAGAGGGUGGGCAUUCUGGGCAGGACGGGCUCGGGGAAGAGCACCCUGCUCUCCGCUCUGCUGCGGCUGGCCUCCACAGAGGGGGACAUCUCCAUCGACGGCAUCUCCUGGAACUCCAUGCCCCUGCAGACCUGGAGGAAGGCCUUCGGCGUGGUGCCCCAGAAAAUCUUCAUUCUGACAGGGUCCUUUCGCAUGAAUCUGGACCCAUAUGGCAAACACAGCGACGAGGAGCUUUGGAGAGUCACAGAGGAGGUUGGGCUGAAGUCGGUCAUCGAGCAGUUCCCGGACAAACUGGACUUCCAGCUGGAGGACGGAGGCUACGUGCUGAGCAACGGCCACAAGCAGCUGAUGUGCCUGGCCCGCUCCAUCCUCAGCAACGCCCGCAUCCUGCUGCUGGACGAGCCCAGCGCCUACCUGGACCCCAUAACGCUAAAGGUUUUGCGGAAGACGCUGAAGCACUCCUUCUCCAACUGCACCGUCAUGAUGUCUGAGCACCGGGUGGAGCCUCUUCUGGAGUGUCAGUCUUUCCUGAUGAUAGAGGAUGGCUCAGCUAAGAGGUAUGACUCCAUCCAGAAGCUUCUGAACGAGACCAGCCAUCUGAAGCAGGCCAUCAGCCACGCAGAGCGGCAGAAGCUCUUCCCCCUACACAGGCGCAGCUCCAGCAAACGCGCACCCCAGUCCAAAAUCAGCGCCGUGCGUGAGGAGGCUGAGAGUGAUGUCCACGACACCCGUCUCUGAGUCAGGAAACCCAGGGUAGGAAACCCCUCCCCCACCCUCACAGAGACCCAGGCUCCUAUUGGCCAAGCCUGACAAACUGAACU